AUGUCACUUACCACCCGGUUCCUCUAUUCGAAGCAAAACAGCAUCAACAGCAACACUAGCAUACCAGAUGAAACAACCAUUGUCGACGUGGAAGCGUCGGUAAAGUCCAUCCAUGAGGGAGCCUUUGCGGGGCUCGCACAAUUACGGACGAUCCAGUUUCCACCAACUGCACUCUUGCAAACCAUUCAAGCCCGCGCCUUUUUGUCGUGUCAAGCAUUGACCAAGAUCGAUUUCCCACGUUAUCUACGAGAAAUCAAGGAGUACGCCUUUUUGGAUUGUCGCAACUUGGAAACCAUCCAAUUUUAUAACGAUGGCGAAUCAUCCUGCUGCCUCAAGAUUAUUCACAACAAUGCCUUUGGCGACUGUAACAUGCUGGGGCAUGUGGAAUUCCCGCCUUCUUUGACCACGAUUGGACGAGGCGCCUUUUUCAAUUGCCGGGUUCUUUCCUUUUCCAAGUUGCCAGAAGGUCUGGCUCGGAUUUCGGCAGAAUCCUUUGCUUCCUGCAACUCGUUGCAACACUUGAUGGUCCCCCCUGUGGUGACUACCAUUGGGGAACAGGCAUUUUCCUAUUGUUCCGAGUUACUUUCCAUCAUUCUUCCCUUUGAUUUGAAGAGUAUUGGUAACAGUGCCUUUCUCCGGUGCUCUUCGGUACUCUUUGUUUCCAUACCGGACACCUGUCACAAGAUUUCCAAGAGUUCCUUUUAUGGAUGUGACAAUCUGGUGUUGGUGGACUUGCCACAAAGCAUAGAUACGAUUGAACAAGAGACAUUUAAAUUAUGUGUCUCUCUCAAGACCAUUGCCGUUCCCUUUGGAGUGCGUCGCAUCGAGAAGCUCGCGUUUGCGCAAUGUGAGAGUUUGGAAUCUGUGGAAUUGUCCGAACAGAUCAAAGUCAUUGGGGACUCGGCCUUUUUGGGAUGCAAGCUUCUAACAAAUAUUGCCAUUCCUUCCACCAUUAGCAAAAUUGGACGAAAUGCCUUUUCAAAGUGUGACCAUUUGCUCAAAAUCUUUUGGGGCGACGAGGAUGUCUUGGUGGCCGGUCUGUUGAAACGAUUUGAGAAGAAUCCGAUUGGCAAAAUUGUCUACUCUUUUGGUUCCAUGAUGUCCCAUCGCUCUCUUUCAUCGAUCCUAAAAGAUUUGGACGAAGCCAUGUUAUCGACACUCAAAAAUCGAGAAGACAACAACCACAAUCUGCAGGAUGUCCUUGGAUUGACACCGCUUCACAUGUUUGCAUUGUCGCAACAUUGCAAUCUGGAAGUGUGCAUCCGCCUACUCAGUUUUGACAUUCAUGCCGUCACUACCAAGGAUGAGUUUCAUGGAGCGUUGCCAAUCACCCAUGCUUGUCGGACCAAUGCUCCCACGGAAAUUGUGAAACUGCUACUCCAAGCACAAUGCGCCGUCGAUUUGCAAAGCUCCAUACUGGACACGACGGAAGCACUCAUGGGCGUUGCCAUGCAUGCGAGUGGACCCAACUCAUGUGAAACCCUUCAGUAUCUUACCUUGCAUAAGAUUGAAAGUCGAUUGAACGAGUUGGGUCACGAACCGUGGCAAGAAUUGGUUCGAUCCACGGCCCGUCAGAUGAUGACUCCCGAUAGUAGUGUUGCAACAACAUUAACAACAGCACCAACCACAAGUCUAGAGCGGAAACGUCAAGUGGAAUUGGUCAUGUCUACCUUGGAACUAUACGAACACAAGAAAUCUCUGUCAUUCUUGGAGCAAGCACUUUGGAAGAGCCAGAUGGACGACAGUUUUCUUGUGGACGAAGCAGACAGGUGGAACUGUAGGAUCAAUUGCGGCGAUGAGAUUGUAAUAUCGAACGUUUUGCCGUUUCUUGGAUGGCAAGGAAAAUAG